UUAUAUUUCUUAUUAUUUCCCAAAAUACCAUAAUAAAACUUACAUAUAAUUAUUCAGAAAUGAAUUAUCUUUCAAAUGGUAUAAUUCUUAAUAAAAUCUGAAAUAAUUAAAGAUGAUCGAUAAUUAGUUAAAAAUCAAUUAUUGGUAAUUAUCGAUCAAUCUUCACACCUCGGCGCGGGUCAAUAGACAAGGACAAUGGUUUAUGACAGUGUGUGUUUUCACAUCCAAUUGCGACAGGCUAAUAAUUCAUGAAUAUUCAUGAAGUGAUAUUAUCCAAUCACAGAAAAGAAAGGGCUACGUAAUGGCGUUUGUUUGAGAAAAAUCGGCCGGAAGCUAUUUGUUCAAAAAAUCGUCAAAGUUCACCUAUUCUUACAGAAAAAGUACAAGGUUGUGCAAUAUAUAUAUUGACAUCCUAAUGAUGACUUAAACAUCAACUUGAAAUGGCAGGACAGUACCCUGGCCCAUUUUGUGAGGAAGCUGGACUUCUGUCAGCAAAUCUUAUCCACAAUGUGAUAGAACCAAAACCUGAAGGAACCCUCAAACAUGGCCAUAUAAUUGAGCUGAAGAAAUUUGCUGAUGCCUCAAAACUCCCUCUAACCAAUCUCAUUACCUGGCUAAAUCAAAUUGACAAAAAGACAUGUGAAAUUAAACAAGCCACGCUGUCUGUCCGCAUCAAACGUGUUAUUGAAACAAACAAAAAGUUGCUACACAAAAAGAAAGUAGCUGGAUUCAAGACUUCGAAUGAGUACCAGAAUUCUCCGUUCAUUCCUUUGACUGUCUCGCUGUCAGGAAACACGACAACCAAAGUUAACAAUAAUGAGACUUGUGUUGAAAAAAGUAAAACUGAAAGUGAAAUGUCUGAUCCAAAGAAAGUUACUUCAAAACAAGAUGAUUAUUCAGAAUUAGAGAAAUGUGUAAGCAAAGAACCCUUAGUUGAGGAAUUAAAAACAAAGAACAUGUUACAGUAUGAAAUCAGUAAACAGCAAAAAAUGCUUAGUAAAAUGAAAUCACUUGUAAGUUCUGAACGCGAACAGCUUGGGCAGUUGAAGUCGACAAAAGGACAUUUUUCUGUCCGAAACGUAACAAAACGAGAUGCCCUUGCUGCUAAGAAUAGAAAACUACUCCGGGAAGCACAUGCUACUAUUGCGAAACAGAAGAAACUGAUAGAAGACAUUGAAGCACAAAACUUAAAACUUUCUCAAGAGGAUGAAAGACUGAAACAUGAGUUAUUGAACAGUUGUUGUAAUGAAAGUAACAGUUAUGAACAAUCAGACACUCACUCCUUUGAACACCAGAUGAAAAAGAAAAUGCUUGAGAAUGAAAUGUAUGUGGAAAAUUUGUUGACUGAAAAUGAAAGCUUGAGAAAAAAGGUCAGUCGGCAGUUGUCCGAUAAAAAUAAUGCCAAAAGGUCUGUAAGGUAUUUUAAAAAAAAUGUCAAUACACUUCGCAGUGAAAUAAAAACAAGAAAUCAAAUUAAAACCCUGACACAGACUGUCGCAGAGAAACAGAAAGAAAUUGAUCAGCUGCAGAUUGAAAAUGAGUUUUUAAAAGAUGAUAAGAAACAAAAGUAUGAAACAAAGAACUCUGAUGGGUCUUUCAAUGAUAGUAUAAGACUGUGUGUAAUUGAAUUAGCUGGACUUGAAGUAGCAGUUGAGAAAGUCUCCCCAGUAAUUCAAGUUAUUUCCAGGCACAUGUUUUCUCGUGAAAUAAGUAAAGCAGACCUCCCAACUAGCUCAACUGUCCAAACAAUUGUUGAUGAAGGUCACUUUUUAGCAAAGACUUAUAUUUCAACAGUUAUUGAUGCUGCUGAAAGUUUCGGUUUGAACAGAGAUGGAACUUCGCGCAAAAAGCAGAAGAUAGUUGACACGUCGGUAACCUUAGACACAGGUGAUGUGAUGAGUUUGGGCUUCACUCGUGUUGCACAUGAAAGUGCUAAAACAAUAAACAGUGUAACUAAGAACAGCAUAGAUGAACUUGCCCAGUUGAAUAGCACAUUUUGUUCAGACAAAAAUGAUACAGCAAAUACUAAUGAAGAGUACAUUAGAAACACCCUGCAUAAACUCGCCUUCAGCAUGUCCGACAGAGCGAGCAAUGAAAAACUAGCGGAUAAACUUCUCGAUGAGUGGAGAGAUGAAGUUCUGGAAACUUGUGAAAAUGAAGACAAAACAACUGUCAAACACUUCCACUGCAUGGCACAUGUAUUGUUGGGAUUCCACAAGUAUGCAUGCACCGACGUUAAAUCAGUUGAAACAAGUUUAGCUAAAGAAAGUGGUCCACUUGGACGUGACAGCCUUCCUGCGUUUAAAUAUUGGCGUUCGUCGGGCACAGUUGUUGAACGUGUGGUACGCACAACUGCAGAAACAUUUGGUCCUGCUGGUGACCAUCUGGGAUUAAAAGACAGAUGGGAUGCGGAUUGCAGUCAAAAGGGUGUCAAGUCUGUCCUGGGUAAUUAUCGUGACAACCGUUUCAACGGCAUAUUUCAAACUUCGGCUGAGGUGCUAGUCCAUGCAGAUCAAAUGCUUGAUGUGCUUAGCACAGUGAAAAAUCCAAACCGGAAGCUUCAAGCAGUUAAAGCAGACCUUCAGUGUGAAAAAGUAAGAACUCUCCUUCAAUGUUUUGGUCUGUUUUAUGUUAAGCUGACAGGACCAUACUGGAAUCUUGUUACUUCAGGUGCAGUGCCUUACCUUCUCUUGUACAGUCAUAUCCAAGCUAUCGCCGCAUACUUGAAAUCCUGUUCUGAAGAUCCAGCCACACUCCUCAACCCAGAAGGACACUGGGAAACAAAUGAUGCUCAUGGUAUAGCAGACAUUCCCUACAAGCAGCGUUUCAUAGAAACUGUUUUUGAAGUAAAUGACCAGACCAAAGAACUGCUUUAUCAAAUGAUUAAAACUGUAAGUACAGCAAUGCUGAAGUGUAUAGAGAAGCAGUUAAUUGACUUUCUACCAGGAGGGCAGUUCAGUGAAAAACCCUGUCAGGAGGACCUCAGAAGAACCAGUUAUGCCCACUCGACAAACCUCGGAUGUGAACACCAUUUUGGUGACCUUGACAGCAGUCAGAAGCGUCGUCCUAAUGCAUCCAUGCAUCACCAUUCGACUGUACAGCUCUUGAAAAGAAACAGAAAACCCAUGAUCGGAUGGCUUGCAGAAAUGUCCGAGUCUGAAAGGCAGGUUGUUUUAAAAAAAGCGCGGCAAGGCGGACGAAAUCUGAGAAAAAUUCACAUGCAAGCAGAAAAAGAAGUGAUAGAUGAAAUUAGUAAUGACAUGAUCAAUGAAAAAAACAAAAAAACAAGCAAAAAAAGGAAGCGAAAUGUAGAAACUGAAUGUGAACAAAAUUUUGUUGAUGAUGCAGAUGAGAUAACCAAAGACUUACUUCCAAUCCAUGAACCAUACAAUGAAAAUGAAUACGUAAUCGUAGCAUACCAAGACCAGUGGUAUCCUGGGUGUGUUCAGAAAUCGGCAGAACAGCAAAUUGUAGUAAACUUUAUGUGUCCAACACGGAAGGCAGGGCAUUUUAUUUGGCCCGCGAGAAAAGAUGUACAGACAGUAUGUAAUGAGUUUGUCAUUAAAAGAAAUUUUGUCCCGGAAUGUCUGAACUCUGGGCGCCUGUGGAAAAUUGUUGACUUCGAGGAAGUAGAGGAUUUAUACAAAAAAUAUUGUAAGGUGUAUUUUUAAUGUCAAGCCAAGUAUCAGCAAUGAAACAAAUGAUUGUAACAUGUCACUGUGAUAUAUUUAUUUAAUAAUGUGUGUUUAUAUAAAAUAUGUUGUGAUUUAUAUCUCAAAUUAAAUUUCAUCAAGACAAAUUAUGUUAGGAGAUAGUCAUAUAAUGACGCAACAAAUUUUUAAAAGCAAAAUGCAUUUAACAAAUCCAAAAUGUGUUAAUGAAAACAUUUCAGCAACAUUUGUUAACUUAUUGCACUGUCACUGUGAUAUAUCUAACUUAUUGAAUUUGUUUUAUGUUAUCAUUCAUUUCAUGUAAAAAUGUUGAUUUCUCAUUGAUUUUAUGUAUGUUGUAAAUGUACAAAUAAAAUUUAAAAUA